UGUGCUCAAAACAAUUAAACACUUAUAAUAUGAAUUCAAUUAUAUAUUUAUAAUAUAAACAUAUUAUGAUCAAGAUAGGUGCUGGGAUAAUCUAAUCAAAAGGAACUAUUAAUAUGUGGGGAAAAUAUAUUGCCCUCAUCUGGCUUUCGUUACAAGCAAAUUUCGUAUUUUCGGAUAAAUUACAUUACAAUUCAAGCGUUCUUGAAGAUGCGAAGCUUACAACGCCUGAGCUCAUCGAAAAAUAUGGCUAUAAGGUGGAAACCCAUGUGAUUCAGACCAAUGAUGGCUAUCGGUUGACCAUACAUCGCAUUCCCAAACAUGGAGCUCGGCCCGUUCUCUUGGUGCAUGGCCUGGGCGAUAGCUCAGCCGCCUGGGUAUUGACUGGACCGGGCUGUGGUCUUGCUUAUUUGCUAAGUGAUCGUGGCUACGAUAUUUGGCUGAUGAAUAUACGUGGCAAUCGGUAUUCGCGUAAACAUAUCAGAUAUGCGACGUCGGAUCGUCAAUUUUGGGAUUUUUCAUUCCACGAGCAUGGCGUGUACGAUAUUCCAGCUGUGAUUGAUUACAUUCUUCCUAUCAGUGAUCACCACCAGGUGCAUUAUAUUGGCCACUCGCAGGGCACUUCGGCUGUAUUCGCCAUGGGAGCUGACAGACCUAGUUAUAUGAAGAAGAUUAAGCUGCUGCAAGCACUCGCUCCGGUUGCUUAUUUCGAAAAUCUUCGUUCACCUAUCAUACGUUUAAUCAAACCCUAUGCUGAAAUUCUUAUUAAACUGGCGCGGAUAUUUGGCAUCUAUGAAUUUCCACCAAAUCGUAAAGCUUGGAGUCGUAUGUUUUAUAAACUAUGCACCUCAACUCUUCGCAACACCUGCAAACAAGUCUUAAUGAAGGUUAUGGGCUUGGAUGGUCCACAGUUUAAUGAUACACUCACACCAUUAAUAUUCAGCCAUUUCUUUUAUAGUGCAUCGUUGAAAGCUCUCGAGCACUAUCAACAGCUGUUGAAUAGCGAUGGCUUCUAUAAGUUUAAUUAUUCGAAACGUAGUGACAACAUUAAAAAAUAUGGCACAAAAUAUCCUCCUGAAUAUAAUGUGGAAAACAUCAACUGUAAAGUUGCUUUAUAUUAUAGUAGAAAUGAUCAAUUAACAUCCCAUAAGGAUGUGCAAAAUUUACGCAAGAAACUGCCAAAUGUUGUACACGAUGAAUUGUUGGCAUAUCCACAAUUUAAUCAUUUAGACUUUUUAAUUGCCAUCGAUGCUAAAAAAUUGCUCUACGGCAGCAUGUUUCGGGUAAUGGAAAAAGUCGACAAGGGUGAGCUUUAGUUAAGGAGUCGAUGAUGAGAAUAAAAAUUUAA